AUGGUCCACCACCACUCCGCAACUCAUGCCUUCAUCACCCUUUUCCAUUCUACAAUAACAUAACCCUUCUCUCCCUUACUCUUCUUCCAUGGCAACACCAAUCACUCACUUGUUUUCUCUUAUCUUCUUGUUCACCUUCUUCCACUGCACAUUUUCUCUUCUGAACCCUCAAAAUGAGGUUGGCUUUCUAGUUCAACUUGAUCAUGAUGUUAACAUGGUCCAAACCAAGAGAUGUGACUUUUCUCUUGGAAAAUGGGUUUAUGAUGAUUCUUACCCUCUCUAUGAUCCUAACUGCCCUUAUCUCAGUACUGCAGUUACUUGUCAAAAGAAUGGUAGACCUGAUUCUGAUUAUGAGAAGUGGAAGUGGAAACCAAAUGCUUGUUCUAUCCCAAGGUUUGAUGCACUAAGGUUUCUUGGAAAUAUGAGAAGGAAGAGAAUAAUGCUGGUAGGUGAUUCAAUAAUGAGAAAUCAGUGGGAAUCUUUAGUUUGCUUAGUGCAAGGAGUAAUACCAACUGGUAGAAAAAAGGUGACUUAUAAUGGACCUGCAAUGGCCUUCCAUGCUAUGGAUUUUGAGACAUCAAUUGAGUUUUUCUGGGCACCACUGUUAGUAGAACUGAAGAAAGGUUCCGAAAACAAGAGAGUUUUACAUUUGGAUUUGAUCGAAGAAAAUGCAAGGUCUUGGAGAGGAGUUGAUAUUCUCGUAUUUGAUUCAGCUCAUUGGUGGUCUCACUCUGAUAACACAAGCUCGUGGGAUUACUACAAGGAGGGAAAUAGUCUGAUCAAAAACAUGAACCCUAUGGUUGCUUAUCAAAAAGGACUCAGUACAUGGGCAAGGUGGGUGGAUCUAAAUCUAGACCCCCAAAAAACCAAAGUCAUUUUCAGAAGCAUGUCACCUAGGCAUAACAGGGAAAAUGGUUGGAAAUGCUAUAAUCAGAAACAACCUCUACCAUUCUUCAGCCUCCAAAAACAUACUCCUGAACCUUUGCUUGUGCUCCAAGGAGUGCUGAAGAGAAUGAGGUUUCCAGUAUACCUGCAAGAUAUUACAUCAAUGACUGCCUUACGCAGAGAUGGACAUCCUUCAGUGUACAGGAAGGCAAUAAGCCAAGAUGAGAAACAAAAACAAGGAACAGACCAUUCUUCUGAUUGUAGUCAUUGGUGUCUCCCUGGUGUGCCUGAUAUUUGGAAUGAGAUGUUGAAUGCACUACUUUAAUUUGACUGUAAUGUAAGACUAAUUAUGUUUUUAGUUCCUGUACUCAUGUUUUAGUCCGAAUAAAUUACAAAUUUGUAUGAAUUUAGUCUCUCACUAAAAGCAUGCAGUUUUGUAGUUUAUAAGAACUAAAUAAUGAAUAUUGAGACCAAAAACAAAAUUCGAUAUUACAGAAACUAAAAACAUGUUUUCCGCCACAAUGUAUCACAAGAAAUGUAAACAGAUGCUCUAUAUCAGGAUUUUGUUAGAGCAUUUCAUGUUUAGUACUGUUUGCAUGUACAUUGUUGUUUGGUGUUCUAUUUAUAAUUUUAGUUAUUAGUUAA